UUGAAAAUGGAAUCUACUCAUCCAAAAAAUAAUCAUUUGAAGAAUAGACAUAUACAAGAUAAACUACCAGUACCUGGUGUAACUAAUAAAAGAUCAAUAUUUAAUUCAUCAAAUAAAGACGAUACUAAUAUUACUCAAUCCAAGAAGUUAUGCACCAAUGAAAUUAACAAACCUUCCCAGGUAGAAACACCAUCAAACAAUAAUACUUUGCAUCAUGAUAUAAUCAGUGGUUAUCCUUCAAAUUUAGAAGUAUUAGAUAAGGACACUAUUCCACUGGAAUUAAGAUAUUUUAACAAUUGUUCGUCGUAUUUAAGAGGUAUUGUUUACAAUACAUUAAAAAAUUAUCCAGAUAUGUCUCCAAGAGUUUCCCCCAAAGUUUCAAACCAUUUAUUGAUGUUUCAG